AAUUUCGAUCUAAAAUGGCAGAUGGCGUCGGAGGCUAUCAGUAGUGUAUUGUAGCCAAUAAAUGCCGAUUUUUGCCGAAUUUACAAAAUUUGCUAGCGUUCCUUAUGUAAAGUGUAUGGUGUUUUUAAAAAUUAAGUGAAUUUAGUGUUGAUUAUCGAAGUGGAGGUCGUGACAAUUCGACAGGAAUGUAAACGAGGUCGAAAAUGUCUCGAAGGAGAUCAAGUAAUACAUCUUGUCGAGUCGCGACUCCUGGAAAAAGUUGUUGUUUCUGUGGUCUUGCUGAUAAUAAUGAACUCGAUUAUGGAAAAAUUUACGAACUUGGAAAUAUCGUCACACAUUAUUACUGCCUACUUCUGUCCUCGAUGAUGCAACAAAAAGGACGCGAUGAUCAAGGAAUUUUAGGAUUUUUAUCAGCAGACAUUGAAAAGGAAGUGAAAAGAGGAAAAAGACUUGUUUGUUAUCAUUGUAAAAAAAAUGGUGCAACUUUAGGAUGUUGCAAUACAAAAUGCAAACGAAUAUUUCAUCUUCCCUGUGGUUUGAAAGCAGGAUCAUUACAUCAAUUUUAUAGUGAAUUUAGAUCCUAUUGUAUAAAUCAUCGACCAAAACAAUUGAUCGAUGGCCGAGUACUACAAGAAGUUCAAAAUUCAGAAAACACAUUGUGCUACAUUUGCUAUGAUAAUGUUAACUAUCGCGAUAUUUUGGCGAUGUUAUGGGCUCCUUGUUGUAAAAAAAAUGCUUUUUUCCACCGAAAAUGUGUUCAACAACUGGCAAACAGUUCGGGAUAUUUUUUCAAGUGUCCACUCUGCAAUAAUAAAAAAGAAUUCCAGGAAGCCAUGCUUGAACAUGGAAUUUUCAUUCCUUCGCAGGAUGCAUCUUGGGAAUUAGUUCCAAAUGCCUUUCAGGAGUUACUCUAUCGACAUAAUAAAUGUGAUGCAGAAACUUGUGUUUGUCCUAAAGGAAGGAGUCAUUCAGGCAGCAAUUCUAAAUGGGAAUUAGCUCUUUGUCAAAUGUGUGGCUCACAAGGAAUUCACAGGCACUGUGGCCAUUUAAAAUGGGCAAGUUCGCUGUGGGAAUGCGAUGAUUGCCGAUUAAUUCUAGAUAAAUCUUCCCUUGUAAAUAGACAAAAUCAAUCAGACGGUGCUGAAGGAAAUGCGGGAAAUCGAGCAAUUUCGAAGGAUGUUGACAGCGACAGUGAUCUCUCAGUUGGACACGAUGGACACGAUCAAUCUGAAAAAUUCUCGGCUUUCGAUAUAAAUAACAUGCCAAUCGUUAAAGUUCGUCCUGGUCCUCUUUCCUAUAAAAUAAAAGAGGUCAUGAAAGUUGCUCAAAGUCAACCACAGACGAUAGACUCUUCGAGUAGUCUCGAGGGGACAAAUUCGUCGAGCAGCAAUCCAAAAUCUGAAAAUGGUAAUAAAAACGUCAAGGAUCCAAAAACAGUAAUUUUACUUGACAGUGACGAGGACACUGAUGUUAUUGAGAUUAUUACCGAAAAACACAAUCCCAAAGUGUUAACGACGAACGAUGGUAAAAAAAUUGAAAUUCUCGACAAAAAAGCAAUUGAUAAUCUUACAACAAAUAACGAAACAACAACAAAUACACCAAUUGAUGAAUCAUCAAAGUCCAAUAAUAAUUCACCGUCAAAAGAUUCAAAACCAAUAAUCACCAGUAUACAAACAGUGAAUACAAUUAUAAAUAAACAAUAUUCUACUCCAAUUCCUAGUCUCACGCCAUUUAAUUCACCACCGGGUCAAAAUAAACGUGAUGAAAUGAAAAAUUCCAAUAAUCAUGUAACACAAAUUUUUAACAGUCAAUUUCGAUCAAGAAUGACAAUGUCAGGAAGUACAAUUGUGCAAGAAACAAAUAAUUUAUCGGGCAAUUUUAGUCCAAAAGUUGCAUUAAAAUCAAUUAGUCCAAAUAAAUUACCGACAAAUUUUAAUUCACAAUAUUUUGCACCAAGAAAUUCAAUUCCAACUAAUUUCACAUCACAAAGUUCAACGCCACAAAUUUUUCAUUUACGAAGUAUUGGUCCACAAGGAUUAAAUCAAAGAUUAACGACACCAAUUCCAGAAUCAUCGAAAUUAAGAAAUUCUUAUCAUUUCGGUAAUAAUUCCGAACAAUGUCCAAGUACUUUUUUCCCUGGGAAUACCGAAAAUAAUAAUAAUAAUAAUAAUAAUAAUAAUAAUAAUAAUAGUAGUAAUAAUAUUAAUCCACCAUUAAUUCCAAGUGUACCAAAAAUUUCAAUGAACGAAAAUGAUUCACUUGGAAUAAAAAUUCUCGAUGUUUGUUCAUUGGCACCGGAUUUAUUUGAAAAACUCGAAUCACACGAUGAGGCGUCAAAUUCAAAUUUUACAAGUUCAUCGAGUGGCGAUUCAUCGCGUUUAAAGAGAAAAGCCGAAACAACACCACCGGGAACGUCGCAAAAUUUUGACAAUGGAUCAAAAUCAAAUGUAAAACGUACAAGACUUGCCGUCAAUGAAAAAGAUGCAUCAACCCUUUCACAUUUCACUGAUUGGCGUGAUAAAUUAAAAGGACGUGAAGCAAUUGCAAAAUUAGUGGAUAAUAAUAAAACAAAUUUAUCAAAGGAAUUAAAAUUUGAUAAAAUAAAAUCGGAUUCAAGUGAAAUGAAUAAUGAUUGGCGGGGAACAAUUGAAAUUUGGAAGGAGACAAAAGAUGUGUGUCAAGAUAAAAUUGAAUUAAGAGAAAUUAAUAACGAACGAGUAAAGGAGAAACAUCCAAUUUUAAAGAGUUUAAUGGAACAGGAAUUGAUGAAAAAAAAUAAUGAUAAUAAUGAAGAAGUACAACCGUCGACGAGUAAUAUUCAUAAAACAUCAGCGAAUAAUGUUACAUUUUAUGUGGAAAGGGGAAAAACGCAGGAAGUUAUAAAAGUUCCAGGAAAUAAUAGUCCCUGUAUCACUUGGGAUUCUUCUAACAGUGUCAAAGGAAUGCAGGCACCAGUUCUACUAUUUCCCCAAACCUUAAUCUAUCCACAAUCAGUUCAAUCGGCAAAAUUGGCGACGAAGCAGAAAAUCAAAUCACCACUAAAGCAGACGAACAAAUCGGAAACAACUCAAUCGAAGACUCCAAAUUUAGCGACAUCUACCUUUCCAACUCAGAAGGAAGUCGUGAACAAUACGAAAACUCAAGCUCCUGUGAUUCAACUGGAUUGAUUCCUGAUAAUGUGUCAUUAGGUGACAUCAAAUUCAGAGUCUGUGGAUCAGA